GUCAAACAUCUCUCGCUCUCUCUUUCUCAAACACACCCAGACUGUAAGACAAGACAACUUUUUUUCUCAGUUUUGACAGGACAGCCACAAAGUGGAAAGGCGGUUGCUGACUUUUGCAUCCUAUUUAUUUCAUGGAGGCUGCUCGUGGUGGGAUCUAAUUCAUAUCAGAGCUGGUAAGGGUGAAAGUACAUCAGGAAGAGAAGAGAAAUCCUUUUUCGUUUGAGCUGGCUCUCCAAAUUCUUCUCCGGACUGUGAAAGCAAAACGGCAUUGAGGAACCAACAGUGUCCCAAAAGAGCCGAAUAUCACCAUGGGGCUUCCCAUGCAGGUUUUGACCUGUGCCAUCAUAGCUUUGCUAUACCAGCAUGUCAACGGUGGGCUCAUCAAGAGAAUUAUCCGGCAGAAGCGGGAGACUGGGUUAAACGUGACCUUGCCAGAGGAUAACCAGUCUGUGGUCUUUAACCACGUCUACAACAUUAACGUACCCAUGGGCUCCCUCUGCUCCGUGGACUUGGACUCAGCUAAUGAGGACACAGACUUGAAGUCCCAGGUUGAGCCAAGCAAGACCUACCAGGAGCACACGGUGAAUGAGGGGAACCAGAUUGUCUUCACACACCGCAUCAACAUCCCCCGCCGGGCUUGUGGCUGUGCGGCUGCUCCUGACAUCAAGGAUCUGCUGAGCAGACUGGAGGAGCUGGAGGGGCUGGUAUCCUCUCUACGAGAGCAGUGCUCCAGCAGCGCUGGCUGCUGCCCCAGCAGCCUAACAGCAGAAGGUCAAGUGGACACCACGCCGUAUUGCAGCGGACGAGGGAACUACAGCGGUGAGCACUGUGGUUGCAUUUGUGAACCUGGCUGGAAAGGCCCCAACUGCUCAGAACCAGAAUGCCUGAACAAUUGCAACAACAAAGGCCGUUGUGUCAAUGGCAAAUGUAUCUGUGAUGAGGGCUUCACUGGGGAGGACUGCAGCCAGCUCACCUGCCCCAAUGACUGCAGUGACCAAGGCAAAUGCAUCAAUGGUGUCUGUUUGUGCUUCGAGGAGUACACCGGGGAGGACUGCAGUGAAGAGCGUUGCCCGGUGGCAUGCAGCGAGCAUGGAAAGUGUGUGAACGGGCGGUGUGUGUGCGACGAAGGCUUCACUGGCGAGGACUGCAGUGAGCCGCUCUGCCUGAACAACUGCAAUAACCGUGGGCGCUGCGUGGAGAAAGAGUGUGUGUGCAACGAAGGCUACACGGGUGAAGACUGUGGCGAGCUUAUCUGCCCCAAUGACUGCUACGACCGUGGCCGCUGUGUCAACGGGACCUGCUACUGUGAAGAGGGCUUCACCGGGGAAGACUGCGGGGAGCUGACCUGCCCCAACAACUGCAACAACAACGGCCGCUGCGCUAAUGGGCUCUGCAUCUGUAAUGAGGGUUUUGUGGGCGACGACUGUAGCGAGCGGCGGUGCCCCAAGGACUGCAACAAGCGGGGGCGCUGCGUCAAUGGGAAGUGCGUGUGCAACGAGGGCUUUGCUGGUGCCGUCUGUGGCCAAGUGAAGUGCCCCAAAGAUUGUAACAAGCAGGGCCGCUGCGUCAACGGGCAGUGUGUGUGCCAGGAGGGCUUCAUGGGCGAAGACUGCAGUGAGUUGCGGUGUCCUGGCGACUGUAGCAACCGGGGCCGCUGCGUCAAUGGGCGGUGCGAGUGUGACGAGGGCUUCAUGGGGGAGGACUGCAGCCAGCUGAAGUGCCCCAAUGAUUGUCACAACCGUGGGCGUUGCGUCAACAGGCAGUGCGUGUGCAACGAGGGCUUCAUCGGUGAGGACUGUGGGGAGCUGAGGUGCCUCAAUGACUGUAACAACCGGGGGCGCUGCGUCAACGGGCAGUGUGUGUGUGAAGAGGGCUUUGUGGGCGAGGACUGCGGAGAGCUGAGGUGCCCCAACAACUGUAAUGCGCACGGGCGCUGCAUCAAUGGGCAGUGUGUGUGCGACGAGGGGUACAUGGGGGAGGACUGUGCUGAGCUGAGGUGCCCCAAUGACUGCAACAACCGGGGGCUCUGUGUCAACGGGCUGUGCGAGUGUGACAAUGGGUUCACGGAGAUGGACUGUAGCCAACAGCGGUGCCCCAGUGACUGCAACAACCGGGGUCGCUGCAUCAACGGACAGUGCCUGUGCGAAGAGGGCUUUGGAGGAGUGGACUGCAGUGAGCGAUCCUGCCCCAACAACUGCAACGACAUGGGCCGCUGCGUUGAUGGGCAAUGCAUUUGUGAUGAUGGAUACGAAGGGGGUGACUGCUCCAAUGUGUCCCCUCCAAGUGACUUGACAGUGACAGACGUGACAGAUAAGACUGUCAAUCUGGAAUGGAAGAAUGAGAAUCUAGUCAAUGAGUAUCUCAUCACCUAUGUCCCUACCAGUGUUGGUGGCCUAGAACUGCAGUUCAGGGUGCCUGGAAACGAGACAUCUGCUACCAUCCGUGAACUGGAGCCUGGCGUGGAAUACUUUAUCCGUGUGUUUGCCAUCCUAAAGAACAAGAAGAGUAUUCCAAUCAGUGCCAGGGUGGCAACCUAUCUGCCUGCUCCUGAAGGCCUGAAAUUCAAAUCCAUCAAGGAGACAUCUGUGCAGGUGGAGUGGGAUCCUCUGAACAUUUCAUUUGAUGGCUGGGAGCUCGUCUUCCGAAAUAUGAAAAAGGAAGAUAAUGGGGACAUAACCAACAGUUUGAAGAGACCAGACACAUCAUAUAUGCAGCCAGGUCUGGCCCCAGGACAACAGUAUAACGUAUCCCUGCAUGUAGUGAAAAACAAAACCAGAGGACCUGGGCUGUUUAGAGUGUUUACCACAAAGCUUGAUGGCCCAAGCCAGAUUGAGGCAAGAGAUGUGACAGACACCACAGCUUUAAUCACAUGGUUCAAACCUUUGGCUGAAAUCGAUGACAUGGAGCUCACCUAUGGACCCAAGGAUGUUCCUGGGGACAGGACGACCAUCGACCUCUCUGAGGAUGAAAGCCAGUACUCAAUUGGGAAUCUGAAGCCACACACAGAGUAUGAGGUGACGCUGAUCUCUCGGCGCGGGGACAUGGCCAGCGACCCUGUGAAGGAAAUCUUUGUCACAGACUUGGAUGCACCAAAGAACCUGAAGCGCGUGUCUCAGACAGACAACAGUAUCACCUUGGAGUGGAAGAACAGCCAAGCCAGCAUUGAUAACUACAGAAUCAAGUUUGCUCCCAUCUCAGGUGGAGACCAUGCUGAGAUAACUGUGCCAAGGAGUAACCAGGCCACAACCAAGGCUACGCUCACAGGUCUGAGGCCUGGAACUGAAUAUGGCAUUGGAGUGACAGCAGUGAAGCAGGACAGAGAAAGUACUCCGGCUACUAUCAAUGCUGCAACCGAUCUGGAUAAUCCCAAGGAUUUAGCGGUCAGUGAUAACACUGAAACGACCCUCUCCCUCCGCUGGAGAAGACCACUGGCCAAGUUUGACCGCUACCGCCUCACGUACAUGAUCCCCUCUGGGAGGAAGAAUGAAAUUGAGAUACCAGCAGAUAGCACCUCUUACAUCUUGCGAGAGCUGGACGCUGGUACAGAAUAUACCAUCACCCUAGUGGCAGAGAAAGGCAGGCACAAGAGCAAACCCGCAAUGGUGAAGGAGUCUACUGCCACACAUAGUCUAGAUCUAAAGUGGGAGGCAACUCCCGGCCCAGAUGAGUCCUCUGGAUCUUGGAGCUCAGAGGCUUCUGGGAUGGGGGAGGAUACGCUGAGGGAUGUUGUGGUCUCCAAUGUGACAGCGCAUGGCUUUAGUCUCUCGUGGAAGGCGGACUCAGGAGCCUACACUAGUUUUGUGGUGGAGUACAAGGAGGUGGCGUGGGCAGCUGGGCCCCUUGCAGAAGUCUUCAUGCCCGGAGACUCCUUAGGCACUGUGAUUGAUGGCCUCCAGGCUAACACAUCCUAUAAAAUCAAGGUGUACGGAAUGAUUGGAGGACAGCGCUCCCAUCCUCUUGAAGCUGUGGCUACAACAGCACAUCUAGUCACAGCAUCUGGAGAAUCAGACAGUGAAACAACACUUAAUCCUACCAGCCCAGCACCUACUGAGCUAAGUUACUUAACAAACCCAAGUACUGAUUCUCACACUCUGCUUUCAGUGCCCACUGAUUUUUCCAUCCUGGAAGCCACUGCCCAACUUCAUGACAUUAAAAUAACAGACAGGACUUUCAAUAGUUUCACAGUGUCCUGGGCAGCACAAGAUGCAUUAUUUGAUCAGUUCUUUAUCACUCUGAAAAGCCUGCCCAGCUUAAACAGGACCCAGGAAAUCUUUGUGCCAGGAAACCUACGAGAAACAGAAUUUACCAAUCUCACAGCUGGCACACAAUAUCUGAUCACUCUCCGCGGAAGCAUUCAAGGUCAGCUCUCUCAGUCACUGGAUGCUCUAACUGACACAGAGGAGGAACCUGAGCUCGGGAAGUUAACAGUAUCGAAGGUUAGCUGGGAUGGUUUCCAACUCAACUGGACAGCAGCAGAAGGGGCCUAUGAGACUUUUGUCAUUCAGGUGCAGGAGCCUAACAAUCCAGAAGACGCUCGGAAUCUCACAGUCCCAGGCAGCCUGCGCUUUGUGAAUGUUACUGGCCUCAAGGCUAACAUGCCCUACACUGUCAUCCUUUAUGGUGUGAUUCAGGGCUACAGGACCAAACCCCUUUCUGUUAACACCACAACAGCAGCAGAACCUGAAGUUGGUGAGCUAAUGGUUUCCAGCAUUACCCCCAAAAGCUUCAACCUUUCCUGGACAGCCCCGGAUGAGGCCUUCAAGACCUUUACCAUUGAAAUUAUUGAUUCUAGCAGGUUACUGGACCCCAUGGAGUUCAACAUUUCAGGCAACUUAAGGACUGCUCAUAUCUCAGGGCUUUCCCCCAAAACUGAUUUUAUUGUCUACCUCUCUGGGAGCACACGUGGUUUCCGCACAAAGACAAUAAGUGCUGCAGCUACUACAGUAGACGAACCUCUCCUUAGCAAACUAACUGUCUCAAACGCUACCUCAGACAGUGUGUCCCUCACAUGGGAAGCUCAGGAUGCUGCCUUUGAUCGCUUUGUUUUAGAAGUUAUAAACUCUGACUUGCCUUUGGAUUCUCUGGUGCACACGGUGCCAGGGGCCUCACGAAGUUUUGUAAUCACCAACCUAAGAGCCGCCACUAAUUAUACUGUCCAACUGCAUGGUCUAAUUGAUGGCCAAGGUUCUCAGACUUUGACGGCACUGGUUACCACAGAGUCCAUGCCCCCACUGGAAAACCUAACUGUCUCUGACAUUAAUCCUUAUGGGUUCAUGGUGUCCUGGAUGGCAUCGGAGAAUGCCUUUGACAACUUUCUAGUAAACGUGGUGGAUUCUGGCAAGCUGCUGGACCCACAGCAGUUCCUCCUUACAGGAGCCCAGCGGCAACUGGAGCUUAAAGGCCUUAUUACUGGCAUUGGCUAUGAGGUUAUGCUUUAUGGUUUUGCCAAGGGGCACCAAACAAAGCCCCUAAGCACUGUGGCUGUUACAGAAGCAGAACCCGAGGUUGACAACCUUCUGGUUUCAGAUGCUACCCCAAGUGGCUUCCGCCUGUCCUGGACUGCAGAUGAUGGGGUCUUCGACAGCUUUGUUCUUAAAAUCAGGGAUACCGACAGGCUGUCUGACCCACGGGAACUGAUUGUUCCAGGCCAUGAACGCACCCAAGAUAUAACAGGGCUGAAAGAGGGUACUAAGUAUGACAUUGAACUCUAUGGACUUAUCAGUGGACAACGUUCCCAGCCCAUAAGUGCAGUAGCUUCCACAGCUGUGGGAUCGCCCAAGGCAAUCAGUUUCUCUGACAUUACUGAAAACUCAGCCACAGUCAGCUGGUCGCCACCAAGGACCCGAGUGGAGAGCUUCCGGAUUUCAUAUGUCCCCAUAACAGGAGGUACUCCCAAUGUUGUGACGGUGGAUGGAACCAAGACCAGGACCAAGCUGGUGAAACUGAUCCCAGGUGUUGACUACACUGUCAGUAUAAUCUCCAUCAAAGGAUUUGAAGAGAGCGAACCUAUCUCUGGAAUUCUGACUACAGCUUUGGACAGCCCAUCAGGUCUGGUAGCGGUGAAUAUCACAGACUCUGAGGCCUUGGCGAUCUGGCAGCCAGCGAUUGCCACGGUGGACAAUUACGUCAUCUCCUACAUUGCUGAGGAUGAGCCAGAAGUUACUCAGACGGUGUCUGGGAACACUGUGGAAUAUGACCUUAAUGGCCUUCAUCCUGCAACCGAAUAUAUGCUGAGGAUCUAUGCAGUAAAGGGACCACAGAAGAGUGAGACGGUCUUCACCAAAUUCACUACAGGCAUGGAUGCGCCAAGAGAUUUGAGUGCCAUUGAGGUUCAGUCAGAAACAGCAGUGCUGUCGUGGAGGCCUCCUCGGGCUUUUGUCACCGGCUAUCUCCUUAUCUACGAGUCUAUCGAUGGCAAAGUCAAGGAAGUCAUCCUGGGACCUGAGGCAACUUCCUACAGCCUGUCUGAGCUAAACCCGUCCACCCAGUACACAGUGAAACUGCAGGCACUCAACAGAGCCCUGAAGAGCAAGAUAAUCCAGACUAUCUUCACCACAAUUGGACUUCUCUAUCCUUACCCUAGAGACUGCUCCCAAGCUCUGUUGAAUGGAGAAAGUGCCUCUGGACUUUACACCAUUUAUACGAAUGGAAACAAGUCACAGCCUAUGGAGGUGUAUUGUGACAUGAUCUCCGAUGGAGGUGGAUGGAUUGUGUUUCUGAGGCGCCACAAUGGAAAGGAGGAUUUCUACAGGAACUGGAGGACUUACGCCGCUGGGUUUGGGGAUCCCACGGAUGAAUUCUGGAUAGGUCUGGAGAACCUCCACAAAAUCACUUCCCAGGGCCAGUAUGAGCUGCGUGUGGAUCUGCGAGACAAAGGCGAGACAGCUUACGCUCUCUAUGACAGGUUUAGCGUGGGAGACUCCAAGACCCGUUAUCGGCUAAAAGUGGAUGGAUACAGUGGAACGGCAGGUGACUCCAUGAUCUAUCACAAUGGACGGUCCUUCUCCACCUUUGAUAAGGACAAUGACGCUGCUAUCACAAACUGUGCUUUGUCCUACAAAGGUGCUUUCUGGUACAAGAAUUGUCACCGAGUCAAUCUGAUGGGCAGAUACGGUGACAACAGCCACAGUCAGGGCGUUAACUGGUUCCACUGGAAGGGCCAUGAAUACUCCAUCCAGUUUGCAGAAAUGAAGUUGAGACCCAUCAGCUUCCGGAAUCUAGAAGGGAGACGAAAGAGAGCAUAAAACCCAGAGAUGAAGGAACGUUUGGGAAGCCGGGUGGGAGUAGUGGGAGGGUUUUAUGGAAUAACACGGGGGAGGGGGAUAAGGCAGCUGGUAAUCUUACCAAAGCAUCAAUGACGCUUGGCCUAACUGGGGGUCCUCCUACAAUCUGAGUGACCAGCCUGAUGCAACCACAGCAUCUUCUGCAGACCAGCUUUCGCUGCCCAUGGUGAAUGCCCUUCACACCAAAGACAACAAUCUCAAGGGUUCUGUAUUGAUUUUAGAUUUUGGGAGGGUUUUUUUUUUCUCAGAAAGGGUCCGUCACAAGAUUCUUUCAUGGUCUCAUGGGCAGCUCAAGAGAGGGGUGGGGGGAAAGGUUGUACAUUGGUAGUUUGAGAACCAGCCAUAUUUUACACACACAAAUUUGUAUGAUUAUCAUCAUUAUUAUUAUUAUUAGUUGAACUUCUGUUGGUCAUUGGAAAGCUUUUUUAAAAUAUAUAUAUUGCUAUAUCAUGUAUCGCAGAGAAAGAUGGGAGAAGGGAAGCAGUACAAUUUAAACCAUAAGCAAAAUCUUAAUUUUAUAUUAAUAUAAUGACAAAAUAAUGAUAAUAAUAAUAAUAAUGAUAAUAAUAAGCAACAUUUUUGUCAUGCUUUCUGAAACACAGCAGGACAGUGUCUGAUUGUAUUUUUUUUUUUAAAUAAAGCACAAUUACUUUUAAAUAAACCUCUACAUUUUCUUCAUGCAUCAACUUUGUGCACGUCCAGGGUAUAUUUCCUUAAGUAAAGCAGGCUGAGAAUGAUCAGGAUGCUAAAUUUAUUCAGAAAGCGCACUCCCUUUUGUCAGUGUUUGGGUGUAAGUAUUCUGGUGGACUCACUGCAAUGGAACACUCGGGAAGGUUUUUAGAGGGUGUUCCUUUUUUCCUAUCCAGAAGCACAUUCGCUGUGCCAUUUAACUGACUGACUCUUGCUUUCAACUAGGUGGGAAACAAGCGAAAUGCAAAGGUGGGAUUAGCUACCAAAUGGUGAUGUGGAACACCUGUGUAAAUAAAGGGCUCCUUUAAAAAAAAAAAGAAAGAACGAAGCCUCUGUGUAGUUCCUUUGUACCAUACUCUUUGAUUAAAGACAAUAAAAGACCUUUUGUUUUAA